CAGAAUCAUGAGCGAAUCAACAGUUGAAGGUGGCGUUAUAGACGAUUUGAGAAAGUUAACUACAAUCGGUGAUAGCUGCCCUAGUUGUCGUGCAGUCGGCUCAAUUAUCCCUUUAACCCUGUCUGCCUAUAUAAUGUAUGCGUGUAAAGAUCAAGCCUCCAAGUAUGCUGGUGUAAAAAAGGUGUCAUAUUUGACUCUAUGCACUAGUAUGUCAUUGGAAAGAAAAACACUGAAUCAACCAAGGAAAAUAAAAUUCAAUUAGCUUAGAGAAGCUAGAAAUAAAACUUGUUAACCACUUCCAAAAUAUUAUGAUUUUCUUUAGAAGAAGGAUUUUAAAGUCCUCAAUAAUCAAUCUCGAUACAUAUCAUCUUUAACCAUCCACUUAUACAAUCUCAUAGAUUCUAUGGAUUUUCUCAUGCUUGCAAGUCUUUGUUAUUUUAUAUUGUCACCAUUAUUAUCCUCACAUUCUACUAACCGUAACCGUUAAACUAAUCUUAUUAAAUAUUUAUAAUCUUAAGCUCAAUGAGAAAUUACUGGUAAUAAGUAUUUACAUAAUUUGUCUAUUCAAAAACAAUUUGUCCUUACACUUAACCUACCCUAUCUAGAGUGGUAAUCAUAUUGUUUUUGUGUACUUUAAUAUUUUCUUUUCUUUGUCAUGGCUUAUCUCUAACCUGUUUAGUUGACCUUUUAAUUUUCAUAUAAAAAUGUUUUAACAAGUAUAGAAGUGUGAUCAAAUUGUUUGAAAUGUAUUGCGCAAAUAUAUUACAUAAUUCUGAUAA